AUGAAUAUAGUGUCUUUCGUGGUAUCUGAAGAGGACGUUGCGUUUGAAUAUGAACUUCAAGGAAAUGGAAGAGAUUUUAGGUCUUGGGAACGAUACCUAGAGCACAAAAAGGAGACGCAAAAUGCAGAUUCGAUAGCCUGGGUUUUUGAAAGGUUUUGCCAGAAUUUUGGAAAUAACGAGAAAUUAUGGAUUGAAUACGUGAAAUGGAGGCUUGGGUUUCUGGAUAACCACAAUAGUGUGUUGUUUGAUGAAGAGUUUGUGAAAUGCGACAGGGUUUUCGAAAAAGCUCUGCAUAAUUGUCCUGCUAGUGCACCCAUUUGGAUUUUGUUUAUGGAACAUUGUAUUAAGCAACGGAAUUUGGGGAAAAUAAGGACAGUUCUGAAUGCUGCAUUGCGGUGUGUACCUUUCGAAAAGCACUUGGAUAUCUGGGAAGUUGUUGUAUCGUUUACCGAGCGCCUUCUUGCAGACACAGCCGUUUCCGCUCUCGACGUUGAAGAAUUGGAUUUGUUGGUACGAUGGCACGCAAACGGAGUACAUCCAGACGUAGAAAUACCAGAUCUGUGGUCGUCUCAUAUACUUCGGCGUUUCGUGCAGGUCACUGAUGACAUCGAGCGUGCUCUUUUUUUACUUGGCAUGACAAAUGACGAAAUUACCAUCGCCGACGUUUUCCAGCAGCAUAUUUUCAAAAAAACAUUUUCUCCUGUUUCGCAUUCACCGUUUGAGUUCUAUCGUCGCUACCUCACAGCUUUAGAUAGGGCGAAGCGAGAUCGAGAGUUUCUGAAAAUUUUAGAUUCAUGUUUGGAAAAGUUCCCCGACCAAUGGUGCUUCUUGAUGAAGCAACUGGCACACUUUCACCUUGUGCGUGGCAAAUUACAGGACGCGAUAUCCUGUCUAAAAAAGGCUAUGCUUUCUACUCUGAAAGUUAAAAACUACGCAGAAAUUUACAACUUUCUGACCCAAAUCCUCGAAGGUGAGGUUGAGGCUUUGCUAGAAAGGGUUCAGGAGCAGCCUGACGGAGAAGCAAGUUAUGGCGCCGACUUGAAAGACGCCAUCGACGCAUUGGAAAACCUAAUAGAAAAUAAUGGCAUUUCCUUAAACGAUCUUCGACUGCGACAAAACAUCAAUGACGUUGAAGCGUGGCAAGCUAGGGUAGGGCUAUUUUCAAAUGUUGCCGACAAAUGCAAAGUCUAUACAGAAGCAAUCACCAAAAUCAAUCCAACCAAAGUCAGCUCCCCGGGGACCUUUGGAAAAUUGUGGUGUGAUUUCGCUCAGAUAUAUGUUGACGCUCGCGAUCUAGAUACAGCCAGGGAGACGCUGGAUCACGCGGUUCGCGUGCCAUUCCCCUCUUUACCAGACCUGGAGCAUAUCUGGUUAUUUUGGACAAAAACAGAGUUAAAAUGUAGUGGUUGUGAGAGAGCGAUCAAUCUAUUAAGCAAAGCUCUCACAGUUCCAGGGUCAACCGAGGAACUUAUGGAUGUCUACGAGAAGGGUAACGGGAAAAUUCCAGCACAGACCAUUUUGUUCAGUUCAAGGAAACUUUGGUAUUACUUCAUCGAUCUUUUAGAGGCCUUCUGGCCAGAUACCGUAUCAGAUCGAAAGGUCAAAGAUGCGUAUGAGCAAACUAUAGAUUUGAAAAUUGCGUCUCCUUCCACUUUCCUCCAUUUUGCGAGUUUUUUGCAAAAAGCCAACCUAUGGUCUGAAAGCUAUCAACUCUAUGAGCGAGCUAUCGAGGUUUUCCCGGCAGAGACAAGAUAUGAAAUAUGGAACAUAUAUCUGGGCAAAAUCGUUUCCCAGAAUGUAUCGCUUGAGAGAAUUCGCGAGCUCUGUGAAAGUGCCCUUCAACUAGUCCAUGAAGGCGUCAAUUGUGAGAGCCUGUUCAUUCUUUAUGCUGAUGUUGAGGAGCAAAAUGGGUUUUAUCAUAGAAGUAUCGAUCUUCUAUGUCAAGGUUGUCGUGUAAUAGAAAGCGUUUCUUCCAAAUGCACUCUAUGGCAGAUCUGUCUAUCUAAAUGCAGUCAAUUAUUGGGAGACGAGAGCUCGCGCUCGCUGUACGAAGAAUGUGUGAUGAGCUUGCCGAAUUCAAGAGCUGUUCCUUUUGUGCUUGACUUUAUCAGGUGCGAGAUACGAUUGCGGGACUUCGAGAGAGCUCGAGCGAUUCUAGCCUUCGGAGGCAAGCUAGUUAGUGUUUCUAAGAAUCUUGAACUCUGGACGUUUUGGAAUGAUUUUGAGUUGAGAUAUGGCAAUAGAGAUUCUUACAAAGAAAUGCUGACUUUACGCCGCGAAGUGGAAGGAAAUUUCAAGGUUGAUACUGCUGAGAUCUCUAAAAAUGAAGGAAACGUGGAGUUUGUUGCAUCAAAGGCAAUUGUAGGUAGUGAUGGGAAAAAGGUUUCAUCGGUGCAAGCAAACCCCGAAGAGAUAGAACUAGAAAUUUAA